UGUGGUGUGCGUUUGGGGCCAUUUGGAGAUAACUGGCUGCUCUGGGAGAAGGGUGGGCAGUGAAAUUCCCUCAGGCAAGAGCAACUUUCCGAGCAGAGGCCUCACUUUCACCUAGGCUCCCAUGCCGCCCCAAAACCCGGCUCAGCAGAGACUUUUGAUCAAGGGGGGAAAAGUUGUGAACGAUGACUACUCUGUGGUGGCUGAUGUGUAUGUGGAGGAUGGAGUGGUGCAGCAGGUGGGACUGAACCUCAACCCUGAGCCACCCACUGGACUCAUCGUGCUGGAUGCGACCAACAAGCUGGUGAUCCCUGGGGGCAUUGAUACUCAUAUGCACAUGCAGUUCCCUUUUAUGGGUAGCAGGUCAAAAGAUGACUUCUAUACAGGAACAAAGGCUGCUAUAGCAGGAGGAACCACUAUGAUCAUCGACUUUGCCAUUCCUCAGAAAGGCUGUUCUCUAAUUGAAGCCUUUGAUACAUGGAAAAGCUGGGCAGACCCUAAAGUCUGCUGUGAUUACGCACUGCAUGUGGCGGUUACGUGGUGGAGCAACAAGGUAAAGGAAGAAAUGAAAAGUCUCGUUCAAAGCAAAGGUGUCAACUCUUUCAAGAUGUUUAUGGCUUAUAAAGAUCUAUACAUGGUCAAUGAUGAGGAGUUAUAUGCAGCCUUUUCCUGCUGUAAGGACCUUGGAGCAGUUGCUCAAGUCCACGCAGAGAAUGGGGAGCUAAUUGCACAGGGUGCAAAGAAGAUGCUGGCAAUGGGAAUAACUGGCCCUGAGGGGCAUGAACUGUGUCGUCCUGAAGAAGUGGAAGCUGAAGCUACACAGAGAGCAAUUACCAUAGCAAAUGCUGUAAACUGCCCCCUUUAUGUAGUCCAUGUAAUGAGUAAAUCUGCAGCAAGGGUGAUAAGUAAUGCACGAAGAGAAGGUAAAAGUCCUAAUUCUUUUGUGCUUGGGCAAUGGCAUUGGAGGAAGGGUCAUGGAAAACCAAACACAGAAUCAGUGUCCUACCUGUCAUGA